AUGGCCAUCACCAAGGUUCAUGCACGAUCAGUCUACGACUCGCGAGGCAACCCCACUGUUGAGGUUGACGUCGUUACCGAGACAGGGCUCCAUCGCGCCAUUGUUCCAUCCGGAGCUUCUACCGGCCAGCACGAAGCUUGUGAGCUACGCGAUGGUGACAAGUCCAAAUGGGGCGGCAAAGGCGUUGGCAAGGCCGUCGACAACGUUAAUGCCAUCAUUGGCCCUGCCCUAAUCAAAGAGGCCAUCGAUGUGAAGGAUCAAUCCAAGAUCGAUGCUUUCUUGAACGGACUCGACGGCACUCCCAACAAGACCAAGCUUGGCGCGAACGCCAUCCUCGGUGUCAGCUUAGCUGUUGCCAAGGCCGGCGCCGCUGAAAAGGGUGUCCCUCUGUAUGCUCACAUUUCGGACCUCGCCGGAACAAAAAAGCCUUAUGUCCUGCCCGUUCCUUUCAUGAACGUCCUCAACGGCGGUUCUCACGCCGGUGGCCGUCUUGCCUUCCAGGAGUUCAUGAUUGUCCCUUCUGCUGCCCCUUCUUUCUCGGAAGCCAUGCGGCAGGGUGCUGAGGUUUACCAACAGCUCAAGAGCCUGGCGAAGAAGAAAUAUGGCCAGUCUGCCGGCAACGUUGGUGAUGAGGGUGGUGUUGCUCCUGACAUUCAGACUGCCGCAGAAGCCCUUGACCUUAUCACAGACGCCAUUGACAAGGCCGGCUACACAGGCAAAAUGAAUAUUGCAAUGGAUGUUGCAUCGAGCGAGUUCUACAAGGAGGCAGAGAAGAAGUACGACCUUGAUUUCAAGAAUCCCGAGAGCGAUCCAGCCAAGUGGAUCACAUAUGAGGAACUUGCCGCCAUGUACUCUGACCUGGCGAAGAAGUACCCCAUUGUUUCCAUCGAAGAUCCCUUUGCUGAGGAUGACUGGGAGGCCUGGAGCUACUUCUACAAGUCCCAGGAUAUCCAGAUUGUCGGUGAUGAUCUAACUGUCACCAACCCAGUGCGUAUCAAGAAGGCGGUCGAGCUGAAAGCUUGCAACGCGCUUCUGCUCAAGGUCAACCAGAUCGGUACUCUAACAGAGUCGAUCCAGGCUGCCAAGGAUUCAUAUGCCGACGGGUGGGGUGUCAUGGUUUCUCACCGAUCUGGUGAAACCGAGGAUGUCACUAUCGCCGAUCUUGUCGUCGGAAUCCGAUCCGGCGAGAUCAAGACUGGUGCUCCCUGCCGGUCCGAGCGUCUAGCCAAGCUCAAUCAGAUUCUCCGCAUCGAAGAAGAGCUUGGUGACCAGGCCAUCUAUGCUGGCGAGAACUUCCGCAAGGCUGUCAACUUGUGA